AUGGAAAGGAACAAGGCCGAGGUUGUCCUGCCGCCAGAGGUGCUAGCUAGAAUCCCCCAAACGACGCUCUGCUCGAGCGCCUUGGGCCUUGCAUGGCAGACGGUGCAACGGCCCGUCUUCAAUCACUCGAUCCGGGUGUUUUUCGCGGCCCAGUGGUUGGCCGAGAAGGAAGGCUCGGAAUGGGCGCAACCCGACAAUUUGCCUCUCCUCUUUGUCGCCUGCGUCUGCCAUGACCUGGGAACCAGCGACAACUUCAACGGACCCCAGCGAUUCGAGGUGGAAGGCGCAGAUGCCGCCCAGCAUCACUGCCAAUCUCACGGCAUCUCGGAGCAAGACAGCCGCAAGGUUUGGACCGCCAUUGCUGUUCACACCAGCCCCGGCAUUGCGGAGAGAAUUGACCCAUUCUCCCGAUUGGUUCGGUAUGGUGUCAUGAUGGACUUUUCAAUGGUAGUACGAGCCGACGUUGGGGCCGAUGACUUGUUUGUUGAGCUCGAAAAGACGCUCCCCAGAUUGGAUAUUGAGCGGGUUUUGGCAGACGCAGUGGUCAACCAAGCAAACGAGGUAGAGGCCAGCCAGCGUACAGAUAACAAGAGCUGGUUCUCAACUCACAAAUUCCCAAUCGCUAGUUGGCCGGGUAUAUUGCUUCGAGCCCGCUUGCAGAACCCAGACCAUGUAGGGAGGAACCCGGCCUUUUAA